UUUCGCAUAAUAGUGCCUUCCCAGGCUAAUUCCGCCAUCAAUUUAGCAAAAUCGUAUCCCUUUCAUUUCAUGUUCAUCCCCUCUUUAUGGUACUCAAUACUCGAUUUUCAAGGUUGUUUCCCAAUAUAAAAAACGGGGCAAAAAAAAAAAUCUGCUUUUUUAUUGGUAAAAUUUUUAAACUCUGAAAAUGCUAUCACCAAACUCUUUCUCUCUUCUUUUUGCUAUUCUUCUAUGCUUACCUUUGGCCAUUGUGUUCACCACCACCACAACCACCACCAUAACCACCUCCACUACUACAAUCACAAUUACAAAGAACACCACUAUCACCACCGCCAAACUCUUUCAUGACCCAAACCCACCAAUCCCAAAUCUCACAACCACCUUCUACAUCAAACAUCCCAACAACACAUCACGCCAACCACCGCCACCGCCACCAUCUGAAGCAGUGGCGGAGUAUAACGACGAUGGAGAAGAGAAAGAACUCUUCCGUAUGGCUUCACGUGCAAAACGAAAACCCACUAACACUAAAAAACUAGCGUUCAUGUUCCUCACAACAACGCCACUUCCAUUCGCACCUUUAUGGGAAUCGUUUUUCAACAAAUCACCGAGAAAUCUCUACAACAUUUACGUCCACGCGGACCCCACAUUCUCCUAUGACCCACCGUUUUCCGGUGUUUUCCGCAACCGCACAAUCCCUUCAAAACCCACCGCUAGAUACACUCCCACACUCGCAGCGGCGGCGCGUAGAUUGCUCGCACGCGCCCUCAUCCACGACCGCAACAACCACAUGUUCCUCCUUCUCUCCCCUUCUUGCAUCCCACUUCACUCCUUCAACUUCACAUACUCCACGCUCGCUCACUCGCGCAAGAGCUUCAUCGAGAUCCUCACCAACGAAACUGGUUCCUAUGAUCGAUGGGCGGCGCGUGGAGAUCACGUGAUGCUUCCAGAGGUGACACUCGGCGAUUUUCGGAUUGGGUCUCAGUUUUGGGCCUUGACACGUAAGCAUGCGAGAUUAGUAGUCUCGGAAACGAGACUUUGGUCAAAGUUCAAGUUGCCAUGUGUGCGUUGGGACACGUGUUACCCGGAGGAGAAUUACUUUCCUACCCUUUUGGCCAUGUGGGACUCGAGAGGAUGCGUGCACGCUACGCUCACGCAUGUCGAUUGGAGUGGGAGUGAGGAUGGGCACCCUCGAAUGUACCAGAAGGAGAAUGUUGGGCCUGAAUUGUUUUGGGCCUUGAGAAAGGGUAGGCCCAGAUACGGUGAUGGUGGUAGAGAAAUACGUAGGCGCCGUGACCCCUUUCUCUUUGCAAGGAAGUUCGCCCCUGACUCACUUCAGGCAUUGAUGCAAAUUGCAGAUGACUUUAUUUUGAGAGAUUAGUCCUAUUAUAUAAAAGUAAAUGUACAUGCAUAUAUAUAAUAGG